AGUCCGCACCACAGCGGCGCGGCAGUGAGGGGGGGGGGAGAUAAACGCGGCCGGGAGAAGGGGGAAAAAGGGAUCAAUUUGAGGUAUUUUCAUCGGUAAAUCCAGCGCUGCUGUCACCCUCCUCAUCCGAGAGAUGUCUUAUCUGAGAUCUUUACAAGAAGUCAUCUUGUUCCAGAUAGAAGAUUAGUGUAUGAGUUGACACACACACAGUAUCAAUUAAGAACCUUGUGGCGGAUAAGGUGGAGCUGAAUCAAUGAUUGUACAACAAUGCAGUGAACAAGGUGUGUUUCAUGAGUAGCUCUAUGAAAAAUGUCCGCCUGUAAUACCUUCACUGAACACGUAUGGAAACCUGGUGAAUGUAAGAACUGUUUUAAACCCAAAAGUUUGCAUUGUUUAACUACUACUUCUGAAACCGCUCCUCGUUCAUAUAACAAUUUAAAAACUAAUGCUAAUCAUAGCAACAACCAGAGGGGUAGGUCAGCCACUGGUCAUUUUCGGCCUCCUGUUGCCAAGAAGCCAACAAUUGCUGUGAAGCCCACAAUGAUGGUCACAGAUGGACAAACUGUGAGUCCGGAAAUGGAGACGAUGGAAAGCUGUGAAAAUAAGCACAUGUUUGUAGGAUGGAAUAGGAAUGGAGUUGUCAUCACCAGGAAACUUGUGAACAAUAAUAAUAAUGAAGAGAGCAGCAGCAAUUCUCAGAGACCUUAUGGUCCAGACAGGGUUAAUAGUAAUAGGAAACCUAACAAUAACAACAAUGGAUUAACUGAUGUAUUGAAGGAAAUUGUGGGCUUUGAGCCUGAACCACACUUACAAGACCAUGAAUGUGACAAAGAGACCUUUCUCGGACGCAUCAACAAAUGUUAUCAGCGCUCAUUGGAAAGGAAAAUUCCUCCAAGUUGCAUUGGGGCAGGUAUGAAGGAGAACCCAGGGAAGCACGUUGUGCUCUGCAACAGCUCCGAGGUUAUCAGCAACGAGGGAGGACUCUUCUGCUACCCCGACUGUUCCUUCCGCGGUGAUUGCAGAGCGGAGAAUGAUCCGAGCGAGAAUGUGACGGAAGAACGCGAAAGUUGGGAUGAGAGCGACGAGGAGCUGUUGGCAAUGGAAAUACGAAUGCGCGGUCAGCCACGGUUUGCUAAUUUUAGGGCCAAUACACUGUCUCCCGUCAGAUUCUGCAAUGACAAAAAGUGGAACACUGUGCCAUUACGAAAGCAGUCCCUACUCAGAAUUUGUGCUGUUGACUAUGAUGAUAGUUAUGAUGACAUCCUAAAUGGAUAUGGCGAUGAAGGCAUGAUCCCAUAUGGCCAGGACAGUUUACCAAGCGUUUUAUCUUCUGAAUCCACAUCUCCUGAUUCUUCGAUGACAGAUGGAUCUCAAACAGGGACGACAAAAACUCUGCAUCAACAGCUUUGCAAUGGUGAUCUUACACCAAGUGACUGCAAAAGUGCCAAGUUAAUUGAGCCCGAUUACGAAAGCAUUGGUGAAAAUGAGCAGGUUUCCUGCGUAAAGCAGGCUCCGUUUAAACCAGCAAGAGGUACUGCGGUAAAGUCUCUCGAAACCCAUAAAGCAGUUCUUGCUUUGAGGCUGGAGGAGAAAGAUGGAAAGAUAGCCUUGCAAAGUGAGAAGCAGGAUUUGGAUACAGUUUCCACGGACAGUGCUGGGCAAACUGUGACAAUUAAUAUUAUUCCAAAGGAAGAACAAGCAAAACCGUACAGGGUUGUAGACUUGGAGCCACCAGGUAUGUGUAAACCAUACACUGUAGUUGAUGUCUCAGCGGCAAUGAACAAUAAAAAGUCUGCUAGUCCACCUGAAUUGCUUCAAGGUCCAAAGACUUCACCGUUAAGUACAACCCCACCAACGCCACCUCCAAGCCAGAUGAACAACCAGAAGAGGUCUAGUAUCACCAGAUAUCAAGAAGUGUGGACUUCCAGCACAAGCCCUCGACAAAAGGUGCCUCGAGUUGCUUUAAUGGCGAGUAGCUCUGGCCCGACACCUCCGCCAAGGCAGAUGAGUCAUAAAUCUGCCCCGACUUCACCAACUAAUACAAAUAUCAUUUCCAAAACAAUUCCUGUGAAGUCACCAAAUCUGUCUGAAAUUAAGUUUAAUAGUUACAACAAUGCUGGGAUGCCUCCUUUCCCUAUCAUUAUACACGACGAGCCAACGUAUGCACAGAGCUCAAAGCAUAAGGCUAUCAAAGUACCAAUAGUAAUUAAUCCAAAUGCUUAUGAUAACUUAGCCAUCUAUAAAAGCUUUUUGGGUCCUAGUGGACAACAUAUGAAAAAGGACACUUCAGAGCAUGUGAUGAGCCACACCUACGAAGAAAUCGGAUCAGCGGAAAAAAAAUCUGCUAAUUUGCCCCAAGUAAAAGCUCCAAGUACCAGCACAGAAAGAAAAGUGCUUGGCACUGUAGCACAAAAAGUGCAGGAAUUCAACAAUGCACAAAGCAAAGCACAAAACCCGUCCUCGCCUCACAAAGGCUUUGGAUCCAACCAGUGCUCUCCCACUAAAGUUCAACGAUCUAUUCAAGACUCACCUUCCAGAAAAGAGGAAACUCCAGAAAGGCAGAAAUUGUCAGUCGUCAGAGAAAAUGCCAAUGCUGUGCUCUCUCAAAUUGUGGCAUCCAUUCAGCCUCCACAGCUGCCCCCCGACAUUCCUCAGACACAAUCAAAAGCUAGCAGUGUGGAAGAGCUCUAUUCUCAACCUCCUGCCAUUUCAGAAGGCAGUGGUGAUCUAUAUAUUCGGCCAAAGUCAUUAUUCACCCCGCAGGCAAGCAGUGGAGCAGAUGUAUCUAAAGCAAUGGACGGCAAUGUUACGAAAGGGCAGAAGGAAAGUAUUCUCACAAAGCAAGUUACUGUCCCCACUUCUAAACCACAAUCACCUGGUGCACUAAGUCAGAGUCCGAAGAGUGAACACCUGCCUCCGUUUCCACCCCCUCGUUCCACAUCGUCCCCUUACCAUGCAACCAAUCUUCUGCAGAAACAUUUCAGUAACUGGGGGAAGCCAACAAGUCCCGUACAAACACCUGAGACCGAAUGUCCAUUGUUGAGCCCCGAGAGUCGCCAGCGCCCACAAGAGACCAAACCGAAACGAUGGAUUUCCUUCAAAAGCUUCUUUCGUCGCCGCAAGACUGAGGAAGAGGAGGAGAAAGAUAAAGACAAGUUAAUUGGAUUGAAUGGACGGGUGAUACAUAUGCUGCCACCGCCACCCAUACAGCGACUGUGCAGUGAGCAGAAAAUAUUAGAACCGUCUGAGCAUCUGACUGCUAUACUGAAUUACAAACCAGACCCUGGACUGGAUGAUGCAAAGGCUGAGGCUGGCAAAUUAGAUAUUGCAGCAGUGGACACUGAAAUUCACCCUGCACUCAACGAAAAACAGGUCAAGGCAUCUGGAUUGCAUGACACCGAAAAGCCUACAACAAGUUUUGCUGAAAAGGGAAACGGGAACUGCUGUCUGGAUGGACAAAGCUCUCCUCCUCCUACUCCUCCACCAAAGAAAUUUAAUAACAACCUUCCAGGUGAGAUGACUGUUGAAGACAUGUCACCACAGGAAUCAGAAGUCCAAAGGUCAGCAUUGACGAGCCAGGAAACAUCUGGCACGAUGUUGGUCACCACGGGUUCUCAGGACGAAAAAGACACGGGCAGUGAGUCAGCUGAUGAAAGCAUCAGCAGCGCUACCUACAGCAAUUUAGCAAAACGCCAGAGCUGGCGGUCUGUGGACGGAGGCUCAGAGACGUACGGAACAACACCUCGGCUGCGAGCCACAGGGCAAUCGCGGGCCAACAUGAUACCGCUGAAGCAGCCGCGGCAAGUGAAAGGAGCUUCGGACGACGCCAUUGCAUUUGGGGGAUCGAUCGAACAGGAAAGUAUGCCUGAGACACAGCCAACACCGCCCCCUCUUCCAAAGAAGACCAUAAUCCGAGCAAACACUGAUCCAGCAUCAAAGGACCAUGCCCACAAAAUGAUGGAAGUGAAGAAUUCUGGGUACAAUGUAAAUUUAGCCAACCCACUGUAUGAUGUAGAAUAUCUUGGGGAUGCAAACUGGGAUGUAUCAAGUGCUUGUUCGUCAAUUAGCUCCGAUGCCAGGAUAUGUGACAAUGAGUCUGGGGAUUCGCUGGACAGAGCAGUGGGCAAGUCAGCUGCGAAAGCAAGCACAUCGUCAACAGUCAAUAGCAUUUGUAGCCUUGCCAUGAGCACCAGUAAGGAGAGAUGCUCAAACAGCUUGGAUUCAUUAUCUGAGAAAAAUCGCUUGCCUCAAAGAUCUAGUAAAAGCAUACAGAAGCCACAAAGGCACGCCCUCUACAAAGGGAUAGAGAACAAAGAAGAAGUGGUGCUGAAGAUUCGAAAUCUCCACUCCGACUCUCUGAGGAAAUUGGCCGUGAAAUGUGAGGACCGGUUCAUGGAGGGUCAAAAGAACCAGCUUCGCUUUGGACUGGACAACUGGUCAGACUUCAGACUGACGAGUGAUAAACCUUGCUGUGAGGCAGGUGAUGCAAUCUACUACACAGCAUCCUAUGCUAAGGACCUCCAUAACCAAUACGCAAUCAAGAUAUGUAAAAGUCAAGCCAAAGCUUCGCAGCAACUCUAUUACCACAGCCUAGCAGUGAGGCAAAGCCUCGCUGUGCACUUCAACAUCCAGCAGGACUGUGGCCACUUCCUAGCCGAGGUACCAGUCCGCAUGCUUCCCUGGGAGGACCCCAAUGCCUCAGUGGUAGAAGACGACGAAGAUAGGUCAGAAGUUUCAAAGGAUACCAGGAACAGCUCCAGUGCCAAGGGAGCUUGCAGCAAACACAGGAGUCGUGUGGUGGUCAUUACCCGAGAGGUUCCGUACCGAACUGUUGCUGACUUUGUGCGCGAGUCCGCUCCUCGGCACUCGAGGAACCCAGACGUCUAUGAGCGGCAAGUGUGCUUGCUGCUGCUCCAACUCUGCGCGGGCCUCAAUCACUUAAAGCCGCAUCACGUUACGCACUGUGACUUGCGAUUGGAGAAUUUGCUCCUGGUGAGAUGUGGGCAGGAAGCCCUGGGAAACUGUGAAUCCGAAAAUGCAAUUGCCAGCACAGAAUUGCCGAGGCUUAUCAUCAGUAACUUCUCCCAGGCCAAGCAGAAAAGCCAGGUGGUAAAUCUGGAAGUCCUGAGGGAUCAGUCAAGACUCGCGCCCGAGAUCAUCACCAUCACCCAGUACAAAAAGUGCGACGAGUUUCAAACAGGGAUCCUCAUUUAUGAGAUGCUGCAUCUACCCAACCCAUUUGAAGAAAACCCAGAACUGAAAGAGAAGGAGUACACAAGAAUAGACCUCCCAGCCAUCCCUAAGCGCUCAGUCUACUCCCAGGGUCUUCAGCAGCUGGCAGGUCUCCUUCUGCACCCCAACCCUUCAGAACGCAUCCUUAUUUCAGAUGCCAAAGUCUACUUGCAGUGCCUCCUCUGGGGACCAAGAGAUGACCUGGUUCAGACACUCAAAUCAUGCAGCGGCAUUGCAGACAGAAACAGCAUAUUACAAAACUGGCUGGACCUAAAACGGACAAUACUUAUGAUCAAGUUUGCAGAGAAGGCCAUAGACACUGAAAGCAGUGUUAGCCUCGAGGUCUGGCUCUGCUGUCAGUAUUUGGCCUUUGCUUCAGUCGAUUCCCUCAGUCAUAUUGUGAAGCUUCUCCAGCUCCAGUAACCUGUGUAACUGCUGCUUGAUUCCCACUCCCACCCCCACCCCCCUCUCCCCACCAAAUUUGGAUUUAUGUGCAAUUUUUUGUAAAUGUUCCAACUUUGUAAAUGGCAGUAUUUAAAGUGUAUGUAAUAGAUUUCUACGUUUUGAAAGGUGAUGCCUCUGAUAAGCAACAAAUGCUUGUUCCCCCCCCCCCCCCUUGGCACAUAAGCAAGCUGCAACUUGCUCUUAAAAUGGAUUCUCGGAUAUUUGUUCUUGAAGCUAUGACAAUUUGUGUGUUUACCUAUAUCAUGCCUUGAAAAAUAAACUACAGCCACUUUGCUACAAAAGCAUUAAUGGGUCAGUUGCACAAUAAGAGAUUGUCAAAAAAUAAGUCCAAUCUUAAUUCAUUGAUUCUUGGCAAGGCUGCUGUAUAAAAGGGAGAAAGGUCUGCUUGAGUGUUAUGUGAGUGGGAUUUUUUUGGUACCCCGUUAUGGAAUUUCAUGGAUUGUAAUCGUGGAAAUCUUGGAGCCCUCUCGAACAUUGUCCUUGGUUAAUCUUUCUACUGAAGCAGGCUGCAUAGUGACAGGUAAGUCAGGGUGGAGGAUGGAGUUACUAAAAAGGGACGGGUUGUUGGUAUUGGGUGAGUUGAUGAUCAAGAUUGUGCUGUUAGCAAUUAGACAAACUUCCAAACUACUUUUAUUUGCAGUCGCUUACAAUAAGUGCAUCAAACCUUAGUCGAACAUAGUAAAACUCAGCAGGUAGAAUUUUUAUAUUGAAUUUUACAGCUCCUGACUGCACAUGUUUACUUUAAUGCAGUUAAAGUAAUCUUUAACAUUGAACAAACGUUUAUUGAGAAAGCACUGGCAUUGUUACGGUGCACCUUCCUGCUUGUUUAUUUAAUGUUUGGAGGCGUCCUGGUGAGUGUGAUAUCCAGUUUAUAUGAAUGGAAAAUUAGAAAAGGCCUGAUUGUUGUUGGCAACAUCUUUGAAAUGAUGUUGGGAACUUUUCAGCAGAGCUAACUCACACAAAUGUGUCAGUGAAAACGUUAGACCAACACACAGCAAAUUAUAGACUGAGGGAACAAUUGGUCUCAAGUGAAUUUCAGUUUCUCCCCCUUAUAAGCUUGUACUGUUUAUAAGGUGUUUUCUGUAUUUAGGGAAGAGGGAGAGAAUUUCCUUACCAAUAUAUAUUUUUUAUUAUUAUGCACUCGCAUUUGGAUUAAGGGAAGAAGUAUUUUAAUAUAUUAACACUUGAAGAAACUCAGUAUUACAGUGCAGAAACUGAUCAAGACAUUUAUUUAAGCAGUUUACUGCUGAGCUUUUAUUUGUUGUUGUCUUAAAUGGGAUGUGUAUGUUGCAGAUCAGACGAGCAUUUGUUGCCCACUGCUAAUUGCCCUUGGGAAGAUAAUGGUGAGUUUCCUUUUUGAACCACUGCUGUGAAGCCACCAUUUUGCUGUUGGAUGGUGUUCCAGGAUUUUUACCUCAUGAUGGUGAAGGAUCAACAUAUGUCCUCAGAAGAUCAGGGUGUAUGGCUUGGAAAGGAACUGUGUAGGCGGUAUACCAUUGCACUAGCUGCCUUUAUCCCAGCUGUAAAGGAAGAACACUUGGCGAGUGGCGGGAGCGGAUGGCAGCGUCAGUGGAGAGAAUGAACGUUUGGACGUUGACAAGCAUGUCGGCAAAGUGUGAGGUUUUGUCUCCUCUCAACUGCGCCAACCUACGUUGGUGUUGGAGCUACGUUCAUCCAGGCCUUAGUGAUUUAUAGAGAGAGUCCCUUCCCUUGGAAUACCACCAUCUGACCUACUAUGCAGCCAAUAUAUAUGUUACUGGUCCAGUUAGGUUGCCCGUCAAUUCUGGACCACAGGACAUAGGGAGUAGAAUUAGGCCAUUUGGCCCAUCAAGUCUAUUCCAUCAUUUGAUCAUGGCUGGUCUAUUUUUCCCUCACAACCCCAUUCUAAUGCCCUGACAGAGUGUUGAUUACUGUGGAAUGGUGGUGGUAAGGAGCAUUGGUGAAUGUCAAAGGGUUAUACUUAGAUUCUCUCCUUUGCAGAUGACCGUGGUAUUUUUGUGCCACAACUCAUGCCUGGUUUUGGCCAUGUCUUGUGGUGUGCAGGCAAGGACCAUUUUAUUUUCUGAGUUCAGAAUGGAGGUGAAUAAAAAUCCAGCAAACAUUCCCAAUGUAAUGUCAUGCAAGGUGAUGAUUGUUGAAGCAGCCUGGGCUACUGCACUGAGAAAACCCUACUGUGAUAUCCUGAAGCCAAAAUGAUCAGGCUCGAAGACCAACCAUCUUCCAUUGCCAUCAUUUGCUGUGCAGUUCGUUCAGAGUCCUCAUGAUUUGCUAUUUUGAUUGCAGGAGAAUUAGGCUAUAUAGCCAUUGAUCUGCUCCGCCAUUUUUCCCUCUCAACCCUGUUCUCCUACCUUCUUCUGCAACCUUUGAUACCCCGAAUAGGAUAGCUUACUAUUUAUUUUCAUAUAAAAUAGUAAACUGUCAGUAAAGUGUCUAAACCUGGUGUUGAAUUGUGUUUCCGUUUAGUUGAUGACCAUGAAGAGUUGAGCCCAUGUACAAAGAUUCUGCAACUAUAACUGCACAUGUUCCAUGAAAUUCCUUUGGUCCCAAUUAUGAAAUAGGUCAAAGUCUCCAUUAAAAUGGUAACAGAAGGAAUUUUGGUCCAUGUCUAGAUACGUGUAUCGUUUCAAUGAGUUUAUUGUCUCACUCCGCGAACUGCCAAGUACAGAUGAAGCAGAUGCUGUUGGGAAUGUGUGUGGGUUUGUUACUUUCACAUCCCUCGUGCAUUGCAACUUCCUUUUCAAAGUAACACAGGUGAACUUCAACAUGCCAGAUGCUAAAUGUUAUUAUUGCAAGCCACCCGGCAUAUUGUAUUCCAUCUUUAAGUAGUUCAACAUUCCUGAUUGUGGAAUUUUGCCGUACUAAUCUGACUGCCACAUUUCUGCAUUGUAACAGUAAUUAUUAUACUUCUGAAAUAUAAUUAGUGCUGUGAAACGUUCUGAUUGUCAAAUUAUUUAAAUUAGGGCGGCACGGUGGCGCAGUGGUAGAGUUGCUGCCUUACAGCGCCAGAAAUCUGGGUUUGAUCCUGACUACUGAUGUUGUCUGUAUGGAGU